AUGGUGGAAAAAGGAAACUCGUCAUACCUCUCUACCAACCAACAAACCACUCAGAAGAACCAGUACCUAGAACUUCGAAAAUUCGUAGCCCUUCGACGGAGAGGGCGCAUCAGCGGGACGGGGACGGAUGACAUCGCCAUUGAUCAUGACGAAUGGGUCAAGCUCGGGGUAGAGGACGUAAAUCCGGUCACGCAACUCCCGAAUCUUGCGGGCCUUAUCCUCAGGCAAGCUCUCAAGCUCCUGUUCGAAUGCGACAAGGUCACGGUGGGUGCGAUCCAGCAGCUCCAGACGCUGAAUAUGUCUGUUGAUGAUAUCUUGAGCGGCAGGAGUGUUGAUAACCUUUUCAUGGCUUUUGAUGACUCGGCUGCGGGCAAAGAUAUCAUUCGCAGUAGUCAGAAGGUCACAAAAGAUACGAGAAGUCUCCAUUCUUUUGCGGGCACUGUCGGGGAUGCCAGCAUCAAAGUCGGCGUGGAAGUUUUUGGUAGUAGAUUCGUCGCCAUCCACAUUGUUAGGUGUCUCCAGAAGUGA